AUGGCUGAAAAACGUGUGGAUAGUGUGGUGGUAAGCUGGCAAAGCAACUCCGCCGUCGAAGGAGCCGGACUCUUCUAUGCGGUCCGUUUCGAGCCAAUCCCAUCGAAGACGUGUUUCGAUGUCUCUUUGAAGACGUACUCAUCGAGGCAUGCCACGUGGUUUCGCGUCGAGACCUCUUGUCACGUCUUCCGAUUCUGCCUAGUCUUCGUCCGCCGUUUCAGAAGAAUCGAGGAUCCAGAGAAUCGAGAUCACCAAAGAAAUCUGCUGAAAAAUCGAAUUGAACUUUUCUUUUUGAAUAGAAUGAAGAUUUGA